AUGACUUCUUAUGCGAGACCGAAGUUCAAGAUGGUAUUUGAUGAUGAUGAAGAAGACCACAGAAUUCGGGUCGACAUACGGAAAGUGGAACCGGGAAAACGAAGGUUCCCACGCGGAAGCAAUAUGCUCCCUGAAGUCGCCGAAUGGAGGAAUAAUCUGACAGCUUUGUCUCAGCACCGCAACCUUUACUUUGUUGCUUCGAUGCGUCAGGUAUAUGUCUACCAGCCGGCAUCUUCUUCAGUGGGGUCUAAACCCGCCCUAAUUCUAACACCUACUUUGAAAGAACCUGCAGCUCCUGGCUUCAUAUCCCAUUCUUGCCCUCAUGCUAUUAACCAUAUCGUUGUUGGUGACCUCGGAAACGAGGAAAUUGUGCUUCUAGCCACGGACUCGGGAAAUAUUGCGGCCUAUUGGACUGAGCGCAUUUUUUCUGCCCUCGAACAUAGCAAAAGUUCGGAGCCUCAAUCACCAGAAGCCCUUGGGGCUAUUGUACCCUGUUUCUUCUCUGAUUGGGUUAAGCAAAGCGCCUGGGGAUUAGCUAUCCACAAGUUUGCACGCAUGAUUGCUGCAAGCUCGAAUACCUCUGAAAUUACUGUUUGGGCUUUCGCUUUGGCUGAACAAGCGGAAUCUAUGCCUGCAUGGAAUCUCGACUAUACAGACGAGUGGUCUGAUGUUACAACCGCCACGCAAUUUGCAGCCCUCCGUUUGAUGCCUGCCUGGUGUCGCCGCUCUCGAAGCAUUCGUAUCACAUUGCGUGGGCACUAUAAUAAUAUCCCAUGUGUCGGGUUCCUGAGCUCAGAAAUCGACCGUAAUGGGGAAUGGCUUGUGAGCACAGAUAUUACUAACAGACUGCUUGUCUGGAGAAUUUGGGAAAGCCCAAACCCAUUGAAAGAGUGGGAUUUGAAUCACCCAUGGCAAGAUGGAGACCAGAACUAUACUGCUGAUUCGUAUGACCGUGGAUGGAGUGUGCUAGCCCUGGAUAAUAGAUCUUUUCGCAUAAAACGCUCCAUUCGUGAAGCGUGUGGUGGUCACCCAUUUUCCCUCAACGAUUACUCUCCCUAUGAUUUAACACCGCUCAUUCAUUCCAUCCCUGACGCAUCCACAACUUAUAUAGUUGACCCACCCAACCGUCGGAACCAGCCACAGCAUGACCAAGCCAUAAUUGGGCUGGAACUUUCUGACAACUUCUUUGAAGACUCUGAUCAGGGAGAUGGAGACGGAGAUGGUCUGAUGACUCUAGCCAUGAACCCGAACGUCGGUUUUCCCGUUAUCCAAGCAACCCCGACACAGCCCGAAAACAUGCCUCUUCCUACAGCCACGGAGAAUGGUCCAGGUACUGAAGAAAUGAAUCUUGAUGCUCAUGAGUUGAUUGGUGCUGGUGGGGCUGGAGAGGUCAUCGAAACUGAGGAGGAUUUUAUAAAUGAUGAUGACGAUGAUGAUGAUGAUGGUACCUACCUAGUCGAUGCUCUUCUUGAACGCCUUUAUGGGGCAACUGACGAUUUUACGAAACAAUCAGACGAACCCGCGCCGUCGAUGAUAGAUUCCACUAUACUUAGCAAUCUUCGGUAUCUUGAGGAGAAAUAUGGGGCUUCUUUCUCAAUUCUUCAUUUGUCUGAAGCUGAUGUCCAAUUUCUUCCAAGUCAAUUCUGUGCGAAACCCUCUGUCUAUUGUCGAAUGGUACUCAGACAAACAGUCCCAGCAUUAGCCCCGAUUCUUCAGAACUACGAUCGUUUCAACAUGGUCCACCAAAUUCCUGAGUUAGGAGUUGUAAUCGCGGCGUCCCAAAAGGGCCGUGUUGCCAUAAUAUCCUUAACUCAAGGUCCAGAAGGGGGUCGGUACAUGAGAGUUGAUAAUAUUGUGCCCUUUGAAAGUCAAGAGAGGCUGGGCCAAAGACCCCUUGUACAACUACUGGGAAUAGCGGUUGGCCCCAUUGAAAGUAACCUCAUCCCCGUUGAGGCAGACUUGAAUAAUCAAUCUGAUGCUGAUUCUGAAACCCACCCGAGACCUUUUAAAAUUCCGUCAACUCCUCGCGAAUCCUGGCAUGGAUCUCAGUAUUCUCGCAAAUAUCGUCUCAUCCUAACGUACUUCGAUCAUACUGUGCUGUGGUAUGAAUUGUCGUAUGACUGGCCCGCUGGUGUUCUUGGAGUUAAUCAUGAUGAUAGAAUAGCAUUUACGUUGGCUCCUUGA